CCGGAAGUAGUUGCAGGCUGUUACGAAAGCGUAAAAAAGCUGUCAUAUGCGAGAAUUGUGUUCUCGUAAACUUUCAAAAUGUCUAACAUCACCUGUUUGAUGCUCUCCAGCGAGAUGUCUUUCCUGUUGACAGUGCUGGCCGCUGGGCUCGCUGCAUACUCAUUGAUUUAUUACUGUUUGUUCAAAGGAGCCCGAUUUAAGAGCAAUCUGUCGUUAAAGGGGAAGACAGCAAUUGUUACAGGGAGUAACACUGGCAUUGGCAAAACCACAGCUAUGGAUCUGGCCAAGAGAGGAGCCAGAGUGAUCCUUGCCUGCCGAAACCAUCAGAGAGCUGAAGCUGCAGUGUAUGACAUAAGAAGGGAGAGCGGGAACUCUGAGGUGCUGUACAUGCAUUUGGAUUUGGCCAGUUUGAAGUCUGUGCGCAAUUUUGCUGAGACUUUUCUGAAGAGUGAGCCAAGACUUGACUUGCUCAUCAAUAAUGCAGGUCUUAUCGGAUCAGGCAGAACAGAAGAUGGUUUUGGCAUGGCGUUUGGCGUGAACCACCUGGGUCACUUUUUGCUGACCCUGUUGCUGUUGGAUCGUCUAAAGGAGUCAGAGCACAGCCGUGUAGUCAACGUGUCUGCCUUGCUUCAUCGGCUGGGGUCUAUUGAUUUCAACCUCCUCAAAACGCACAAGGAUCUGGUAACGGGCCAAUCAUACUGGCACUCGUUCAGAGCCUACUGCCACAGCAAAUUGUGUAAUGUGCUUUUUACACGAGAGCUUGCAAGCCGCUUGGAGGGGACCAGUGUCACCUGCUAUUGUCUGCAUCCAGGUGUAAUAUCCACUGAGAUCGGACGGAACAUGGGCUUGUUGGCGAAGCUGCUUUCUGUGCCCAUGUCUAAGCUGUUUUUCCUGAGUCCUGAGGGAGGUGCACAAACCACACUUUACUGUGCUUUGCAAGAGGGUCUUGAGCCUCUGAGUGGAAAGUACUUCUCCUGCUGUGCUCUGCAGGGUGUUAGUAAGCUGGGACGGGAUGAUGCGCUGGCCAAGAAGCUUUGGGAAGUGAGUGAGAGGUUGUGUGGACUUCAGUGAAGGAGCUCAUGCAAGUUUGUGGAAUAAUAGAACUGUAACUGAGGAAAGGAGAAACCAACAACAGCCUUAUGAGUUUUAGCUGCUCAACUCUCUUUAGUGUUCUUCAGGUAAUUCACUCGUGGUGUUACAGGUACAGUCUGUUUUAGGGGGCUCUUAAAAAAUACUGUUGCCUUAUAGGAACAUGCUGAGAUAGCAAUAUAUGCAUUGUUUGGGGAACAAUUAACCACAGGAUCCUUUAAUGUAUUUUUAUCUGUUAUGUUAAUUGACAUAUCUGUGUGAUUUGUGUGUGAACUGAAUCUUCAAAUUCAUGCCAAAGUACAAGCAGAAAAUGCUUACGGUCAUCAUCGGAAGCUUCUUUGCCUUAUCAUCAGGAUGUAGUGUCUUUGUGGUUCACUGGGUGGCAGUAGCAUGCCAUACUUGGCUGUCUUCAACUGCUGGGCAACACAACCUGAGAAGUCUACAGAGACCUCUGUCAAGAUGACAAUCAUUAGAAUAAAGUAGGUUAGAUUACACUGAGAAUUGCAAAAGUAAUUUCAUGUAAUAUUAGAGUUUGCUUUUCCACUGAAUGAAAAUGGGCAUCAGGGGCUACAGCCAUUCAGUGUAGCAGGAGAACCAAAACGAGGGCUUGUUAUAGACUAUUACCCAUAUCUACGCAUCUUCAACAGAACCCAUUGCGGAAAGAUCCUUUACUUCACGUGGUAUUUGAUUGUAACGUUUUGACAUUAUGUGUAUAGACCUCACCCUUACAUCCUAUUCAUUCUCUGACUUAAAAGUUGGUGUAUACUGUCCAAGGAAAAGUUCACCCUCCCCCAAGAAAAGUUUUGUUGUUGUUCAAAACCUGUAUGACUUUCUUUACUUCCGUGGAACGCAAAAGGAGAUGUUAGGCAGAAUGUUAGUCUCAGUCACCAUUCACUUUCAUUUAAUUCAUCUUUUUUUCACUACAAUGAAAGUAAUGGUCACUUGCUGCUUAACAUCUCCUUUUGUGUUCCAUAGAGGAACGUGGGUCAUAUGGAUCUGAAACAACAUGAGGAUGAAUGUAUGAUGUCAGAAUUUUCAGUUUUGGGUGAACUAUCCCUUUAAUGCUACAAAGUGUUGAGGGAAACGAAUGACUUGAUCCAAUGCAGUUCUUCCAUUCUCUUUUUGUGUUGCCAUCAGUGUGCCCUUAUUCUGUUGUACCCGUAUGGUAUCACAGAUCUUUUGUCUACAAUGGUGUGACUAAUAUCAUAUUCAAAAGUGCAUUCCUAUGGGCAUGUUACCUAUCAUUUUUCGCUAGAGGAUUGAGACAUUAUGUAUAGUGUUGUAUCAGAACAGGCAGAAGGCCCAUGCAGGGUGGUAAAGUUUAAUAAUAAAGUUUGUUCCACCUCUACAUGAAGGAUGUUUCUCAGUCUCCUCCAUCUCUUGGUUCUCAUGCACGGUGAGUCUGUAAGUACACCGUCCGGUUCGAUUCGUUUUGUAGAAGCAAAACACAUUGAUGAGUGACGACAGGUGUUUACUUUGGACACACUCCGAGCUCUUUGGCACAGUACUUAACGACUGGAUUAGUGCAUCAAUUAGCAAUCACUGCAUGGGAGGAGUCUGAUUGAUCGAGAGACUGCUGCUGCUAGGCUUGGCGAGGGCAUGCUAGGGCAUGUGAGGAAGCAGCUGUGUGUGUGUAAGUGUGCAGUGGCCAGCUGCUUGUGAAUUAGUUCAAAGGACUAAUUUCACUGCAUGAUGGCAAAAUAAAACCAAAUGCCCCUUGUUGACUUUGUAAAAACAUUACAGACAUACCUGGAACUGUCAGAUGAUUUCUGCGCCAGCCACUGUUUAUUAAAGCUGAGGAGUGUAAAUUUUGUUUUUAAUGUUAAUGUGCUAAGACAACUGUAAGGCACUUACAAUGCAAGUGAUUGGGGCAUAUUUUUUGGAGGAUUUAAAGGCAGAAAUAUGAAGAUAAUAAUUUUAGAAAAUCACUUACAUUAAUUCUAUUAAAACUCAUGUAUUAUUAGUUUGAAGUAUUAUGAUGUAUUAAAGUUGUUUAAAUUGUCAUUUUUACAGUCGUUUUGGGGUUUGUUGACUACAUUGUCAUGGCAAGUUGUAAAAUUGGCUAUAACUUUACAAAGAAAAGGUUAGUAAGCAAUUUCAUCACACUAAAAUCAUGUUAACAUGCAUAUUGUUUAUGUGGCUGUACCUUUGAAACAAUGAGGCCCCAUUCACUUCCACUGAGGCAAGUUGUAACCCAGAUUUUUGCUUUUUUUUUUUUUUAAGAAAGGAGUGUCAAAUUUAAUUUUUGUGGUAAUCAGUAUUGUCACAAAUGCUGUUGAUUGAGCUUAACUUGUAUUGAGCAUGGCUUAAUAUGCAAAGACAACUGUAACCAUUCAUAGUUUGAUGUGGUGCUUUCGAAACAUUUCUGUUUGUUUCAGUGUCAUGACCAGUCGACACAGCAACAAUGAGUGUGUUUACAUGCACAGCAAAACACUGAAAAAUAAGCUUUAUUAAAAAAACACAACAACUUAAAAAACCCGUUGAUGAGAUUUGAAAUCUUCGGAUUUUCUGCUUUUGACAUCAAAAUGUAAAACACUUUGAAUAAUGCUGCAUUCACGUUCUAUCGGAAUUACUGAAAUUAUGAGAUUCCAACCUGGAGAAUCUAGUGGGAUCUGUUCAUGUCCUCAAAUCUCGUAAGUUAUUUGUUUGUAUGGGAACAUUCAUAAAACCAAAAUAUUUAUCUCUACAUUACUUCACCUCUUUAUGUUUUUGCAUAAUGUUUAAGAACAAAGAAAGUACUCCAGGCAACAGCGGCAUAAUGACAUGGCAUAUCAAACAGAAAUAUGAGUUCACUACCAUUAAAUGUUAAAGGAAUCAUUCACCCAAAAAUGAAUUUACUCACCUUCAUGCCUAGAUGCGUAUUACUUUCUUCUGCAGAACACAAAUUAAGAUUUUUAUAAGAAUAUCUCAGCUCUGUAGGUCCUCACAAUGCAAGUGAAUGGGUGCCAAAAUGUUGAUGCUCCUAAAAACAAAUAAAGGCAGCAUAAAAGUAAUUCAUAAGACUCCAGUGUUAAAUCUAUAUCUUCAGAGUCCAUUUUUGCUAGAAAUUCUCCUCCCUGCCCAGUAGGGGGCAUAUGCAUGAUAAUGUGAAUCACCUAAAACACAAGAAGAAGAAUAUGAAAGUUAGUGGUCCAUACAUAAGUGAUCAUUCCUAAGCCCUAUUCCCUUUGAAGACUUUACCAUCCUUGGUGAGAGUUUUGGAGGGCUAAAAAGUGUGGGGCUCAAAAGAUUGACCCCGAAAGUCAUACGGGGUCAUUCAAAACUCACUUUUUAAAGUCAUUUUUAUUGGACAAUCUGUUUGAAGUAAUCUAACAGCAUGGCUAUUAUGAUUGUUUUCCCUUUAAAGUGCCCUUCGGAGAGUGAUUUAUCCUGUUUGGAAUGCAGGGAAAAUGGAGAUUGAGCAGGGAGGAGAAUCUAUAGUAAAAAUUGACUUAAUAUCGAUCUGUUUUGAUCUCACCCACACCUAUCAUAUUACUUCUGAAGACAUAAAUUUAACCACUGGAGUCAUAUAGAUUACUUUUAUGAUGACAUUAUGUGAAUUUUUGAGCUCCCAUUCACUUGCAUUGUAUGGACCAAAAGAGCUGAGAUAUUCUUCUAAAAAUCUUCAUUUGUGAUCAGCAGAAGAAAGUCAUACACAUCCGGGAUGGUACGAGGGUUUUUGAAUGAACUAUUCCUUUAAGGCCACUGCCAUUUUACAUGACAUCACGACUGUCAAGUUGGAGAUUUUAUAGAAUUUAAAGUUAACAACUUGUAAUUAUGAGUUCUAUGUAGAAUUAAAUGAUUUUUACAAAUCAGAAUCUUGUAAUUACGGUGAUUCUGACAUGACAUGAACACACCAUGAGUCGAAAGAACGCCAGUAAAUUAGGCUAGUGUGCAGAAAUCUACAUGUGUUGAUAUACAGUAUAUGUAUAUUUUUUUGCUUAAACUGUUUAUGACCUUAACCAAUAAAGAAAUGCUGUUUCGGGUUUUACA